CGGCGGCUGCGCAGUGAGCGUCGCUCAGCUCAGCCGCGCUAUGACAUUAUUGACGCGGACGUUGUAACCAAAUACACAUUCAGCGUGUUUGUUAAUUUUUUUACACUUAUAAAUGUAGAAACUUACAUUGUGAGAAAUGUAAUUCUUCGACCAGUUAAUUCUUCAGUCCGUUUCUGUUUCGAGCGCCGCAGGAAGAGGUGACGUCGGCGAUGGAGGACAAGCGCAAGAAGCGCAGCCCCAAGGUGUCCCUCCCGCAGCCCCCUCCUCCGCCCAUCAACCCGCGCAAGCUCUCUGCCCUGCCAGCCAGCAAAAGCGCCACCUUCUCUCUGGGGCUGCCGCAGCCGCCGUCCCCGAAAAACCGAGGGAAGUACAAAAGGUCAGUGGGGGCGGCAGGUCAGCCCAAAGAGGUGUUUGCUGGUGUCGUCGCUCCACCAAAGACCGCCAGCAGGACUCAUAAGGAGAAGCCCAGGGCCCCCCAGCCCGCAGGCCCCAGUAAAGUGGUCCAGUCCUCGCCGCUGCAGCACUCCUUUCUUACAGAUGUGUCUGAUGUGAGAGAGAUGGAGGGAGGCCUCCUAAACCUCCUCAACGACUUCCACUCGGGGAAACUGCAGGCGUUUGGUAAGGUGUGUUCCUUCGAGCAGCUGGAGCACGUGCGUGAGAUGCAGGAGAAGUUGGCGCGACUUCACUUCAGCCUGGACAGCCAUGUGGAAGAGCUCUCGGAGGACCAGAGGAAGUGCGCCUCUGACCGCAACCUGGAACACCUGCUGUGUAACCUGGAGGAGCUCAGCACCUCAAUACAAAAGCUCCACUUGGCUGAGAACCAGGAACUGCCCAAGACAUCUGCUCCCUGAUGGAGGACCUAGAAAUCUCUACAGCACAGGUUGCCAUGUCAAUCCUCCGCACAGCCGCCCUUGUAACACAAUGGACACGUAGGAACAAACCAUCUGAAUGCAGUUUUUCUUCAAUCUAUUUUGCAAUGCAAAAUGAGGAACAUACAUUCAUUUGUUGUAUAAUAUAUAUGUAUUUUUUUAAGCCUCUGCUAAGAUUUUAAAGCAAGACGACAGUGUCUAGAAUUUUACCUAGAAAUGUGCGGAAUCUUAACUAUUUUUACGAGGAUUUUUCUGGAUAUAAAAAAAAUGGCAGCUAUUUCCAAAUUUUAUUGACUUUCAUUUGUGAGAUCGUGUUCAAUGUGAAAUGUGUUCCUAAACAAUACUUUGAAGUUAGUACUGGCAGAGGAAUCUCGCUUUAUAAACAUAACUGGGAUUUAAAAAACAGGACUACAAGGCAAUAUUUAACGGUGAUGGAUUUUACUGUACAUGUGACAAAUAAAGUUCUUUCUUCCAAUACUAAA